GCCAGCAUCUAUAAUCCCAGCUACGCAGGAGGUUGAGGUAGGAGAAUCACUUGAGCCUGGGAGGCGGAGGUAGUGGUGAGCCAAGAUUGCACCAUUGCACUCCAGCCUGGGUGACAAGAGCAAAACAAAACUCUGUCAAAAAAAAAAGGAAGGAAUAAAGAAAGAAAAAAGAUAUAUUCUUACCUUUCAGCAAGAUUCCCAGGUGGUCCUACACCAACGAGAGGAAAAGGACUGGUUGGACCUUAGCAUGCCCUUUGGGUUUCUCCAACUUUCCCAUGACCAUGUUUGCACUUUUUCUUAGUACUGAAACCCCAGAAAGCUAUGAUGCCACAGCCGCACCAUCAUGAUGUCCAGAGGGUCCAGACUCUUCUUUGCGUAUGGGUCUGUUUCUUCAAAUAAAUCCAUUCCCACAGCACCACCUUGAGCUGCAAUGUUUAGUAGAAUAUAUGUACGGCACAUGGUGCUAGAAGUAGUUGCAGCUUGUCACUCUGCCUCAGUUGACUGGCAUUUUUUUUUUUUUUUGAGAGAGGGUCUUACUUUGUUGCCCUGGCUAGAGUGGAUGGAGUGCAGUGGUACAAUUUCAGCUCACUGCAGCCUCACUCUCCUGGGCUCCAGUGAUCCUCCCACCUCAGCCUCCCAAGUAGCUGGGACUACAGGCACACACCACCACAUCCUAAUUUUUUGUAGAGGCGAGGUUUUGCCACGUUGCCCAGGCUGGUCUCUAACUCCCGGGCUCAAGCAAUUCACCCGCCUUGGCCUCUUAAAGUGCUGAGAUUACAGGCAUGAGUCAACAUGCCUGGCCUUGACUUUGACUUUCUGAAGGGUUAGCUGUCAGGGUCCACCAACCCCACCCCUAGAACACCCCGGUUGGUCUAAGACUUAUGGACUCCACAUUACGGAGUUAAGAUCAGUUGUUUCUCCUACCUGGAAUUACUAGCCACUCUCUUGCCAUUGUGAAAUAUUAGGCAGAAAGGGGAGCAGGAAAUAGCCACUAGAGCCUUUGGACUUCAACGCAAGUCAAAGAAGAGGUACUGUCAGAUAACUGUCAGGAAUGCCCUCUUUGUAUACAGAUAGAAGGACAUAUUUAUCUUCAAGGCAGGGAAGAAAGAGAACUUCAGGUUCUAGUUUCCCUCAUUCCUCAGGAAUCUUAGCAUUCUGGAAUCUGCCUUUGUGGAAGGUAUUUCAGCCUCCUUUUCCUCUCCCCCACUGCCCCGCUCCGUUACAGAGUUCUCUUGCUCUUUUUCCUCUUGUCUUUGCUUCGGUUUAUCUUUAUUAUUUAUUAUUAUUAUUAUUUUGAGAUGGAGUCUUGCUCUGUCGCUCAGGCUGGAGUGCAGUGGCACAGUCUGGGCUCACUGCACCCUCCACCUCUUAGGUUCAAGUGAUUCUCCUGCCUCAGCCUCCCGAGUAGCUGGGAUUACAGGCAGUCAUCACCAUGCCUGGCUAGUUUUGUAUUUUUCAUAGAGACAGGUUUCACCAUGUUGGCCAAGCUGGUCUCAAACUCCUGACCUCAUGGGAUUCAGCUGCCUUGGCCUCCCAAAGUGCUGGGAUUACAGGCAUGAGCCACUGUACUUGGCCCUGGCUAAUUUUUAUAUAUUUUAUAGAGAUGGGUCUUGAUAUGUUGCCCAGGCUGGUCUUGAACUCCUGGGCUCAAGCCAUCCACCUGCCUUGGUCUCCCAAGGUGCUGAGAUUGCAGGCAUGAGCAACCACACCCAGCCUCAGUCAAUUUUUCUUUCCCUGUCUUUCCCUUGAGUUCGAAGUGUGAGCUGAGUUCUUUGCUCCCAUAUCUCUGAAGGAAGUCCUCAGCACCAAGGUCUCCUGCCUCAGUGGGGUUAUAGCACUCUGUUCUGACCACAUCAGUGCACUGAACUGUCUUUACCUCCUCCUAGGCUGGGAGCCCUCUCAGGCCAGACACAGGGCCUUAUCUGUCUCUGCACACCCAGUGCCCCGCACAGAAGGAACGAGGAGCCUAGCCCUGCUUCUUCCACUUGUGCCCACUUUUCUUUGCGUUACCCCAGCCCCCCACCCAACUCCAGAUAGUUGGAGGAUGACAGACGGGCGACUCUUUGGGUGACUCUCAGAUGUGUCACAGGCAGCAGAAGGUGAAGGUCUGACUGCGAGGGCAGCGUCUUCCUAGUGCUGGAGACUCCACAGGCCUCAUCCGGUCUCCUUUCAGCUGUCCUCUGAGAUGAAGGGGGCUGCUCCAUCAGCCAAUCCCAAAGCCUGAAUUGGGGGUUGAGGAGAAAUGAAGCGUCAGCUCACAUGCCUUUCUGGCGGUUCUGGCUGUGGCCCAGCUUCUCUGUAGCGUCCCUCCUCCCUAACCAGACCCCAGCCACAAAUCCCUGCUCUGCUUCUUCCAAACUUCAUUCAGCCCCAGGGAUGGCUCUGCAGGAUGUGUGCAAGUGGCAGGCCCCUGACACCCAGGGACCAUCACCUUACCUGCCUCAGGCCGGCGGCUGGCUUGUGCCCCGAGGCUGUGACCCUCAAACCUUCCUGCAGAUCCAUGGCCCCAGACUGGCCCAUGGCACCACCACCCUGGCCUUCCGCUUCCGUCAUGGAGUCAUCGCUGCAGCCGACACACGUUCCUCCUGUGGCAGCUACGUGGCGUGUCUGGCCUCAUGCAAGGUCAUCCCUGUGCACCAGCACCUCCUGGGUACCACCUCUGGCACCUCCGCUGACUGUGCCACCUGGUAUCGGGUGCUACAGCGGGAGCUGCGGCUUCGGGAACUGAGGGAGGGUCAGCUGCCCAGUGUGGCCAGUGCUGCCAAGCUCUUGUCAGCCAUGAUGUCUCGCUACCGGGGACUGGAUCUCUGUGUGGCCACUGCCCUGUGUGGCUGGGACCGCUCUGGCCCUACUCUCUUCUACGUCUAUAGCGACGGCACCCGCCUGCAGGGGGACAUCUUCUCUGUGGGCUCUGGAUCUCCCUAUGCCUACGGCGUGCUAGACCGCGGCUAUCACUACGACAUGACCAACCAGGAAGCCUAUGCCCUGGCUCGCUGCGCGGUGGCCCACGCCACCCACCGCGAUGCCUAUUCAGGGGGCUCUGUAGACCUUUUCCAUGUUCGGGAGAGUGGAUGGGAGCAUGUGUCACGCAGUGAUGCCUGUGUGCUGUACGUGGAGCUGCAGAAGCUCCUGGAGCCAGAGCCAGAGGAGGAGGCCAGCCACGCCCAUCCUGAGCCUGCCACUGCCCACAGAGCUGCAGAAGAUAGAGAGCUCUCUAUGAGGCCAGGGAAGAUGAUGCCAGGAGACUCCAGGAUGCCAGCAGGGACUGAGACACUGUGAGAAGCAGGACUUGGUUGGGGGUGGUCUAGGCCCUGGGAACAGGUGGGAGGAUGGGCAGCUAGGGGAGGGUCCUGCUGGCAGCAGCCUCACAGCAUCUGACUCCAACCUGUAUGGGUUGCUGGCUUCAUUUAUUCCAAGUCUCCAUCCUUUCAUGCCUCCCAGAGCUAUUAUGGCUCUGCCCAACAAGUUCCUAUUGACUCCCAAUGGAUUGGUCCAGCCUCCUUCUUGGCACCAAGUCCGUCUUUCAGCGAACAUUUGCAGCAUUCACUGCACGCCAGACGCACGCUAGGUGCUAGACCCUCUUUUCUUGCCGUCUUCUCUGCUUUUUUCCAUCAUCUCAUCCCCAGUUUGUCUUAGUUUCGGUCCUCUGUGUGUCUCAGCUUCAGCGUCUUUGUCUCUUUCUCCUGGUCACUUUGUCAGCAUGGUGAGAUGGGGCACCCAGGAGGGGAGCAGUCCCUCUCCCAAUGAGGUGCAGUGAUAGACCCCCUUUGGGUGGUGAUGAGCUUGUCUUAUCUGCUGUCCUCUGCCUUGACCAUAAUGACGAGAAUGAUUAUUCCUUUACUGAAUGCAGGUCUCAUGACAACCCUUUGAGGUAAAAAUGAGUCUCACUUUACAGAGUAAGAAUCCGGUUCAAAGGGUUAUGUGACUUGCCCGGGGUCACACAGUAAGCGGUGGAGAUGAGGCUUAGAUCCAGGCCUUCCCUCCAGGGCCCAUGCUUUUUCAGCACAACUCUCCCUUCCAGGUCUCCGCCCUGCCUUAGGUCUCUUCUCUGAAGGCUCCUGGGGAGGGAUUCAAGGGAGAAAGUAGCUGGGCCAAGCCCCUGCCUGGUGGCCAGGGCUGAAUGAACCCUGAGGGCCUGGAGGUGUGAGCUCACAGCAGCUGCCCCCCUCCAUGAUGCACAGGCUCAUGUGGCUUUAUCUUCCAGGCCAGAAGCCAUCCGCCACAGCCCACCCUUGCUCUCCAGCCUUCUGGGCCUGGUGGUGCUGCUGCCAGACUUCCCCUCCUCCUUUCUUCCCUUUGCCGUCUCUUCAGCCUCUCCUUCCUGAGGCUCCCUCUGGAGAAUGAAGACAAGAGGGAGGUGGCUGUGCCAGUGGGAACUGUCUGGCUAGCACAUCCUCUCCUGCUCCUCCUGUCCCUGCUCCCACUCCCCCGGAAGCCCAGACUUGAAGAUACAGACUCACAGCUCCAGGAGAGCCAUUGCCCCGUUCUCCCCUGGCCAAAUGAGACAGAAAGCACUGUUAACCUACAAGAUGGGGCCUGAAGGAAGGGUGCUGAAGUUGCUUUCCUCGCAUCCAAUGCUAAAGUUCCCAGUCCCAAGAAUAACAGCCCCCCUGCCUUCCCUCCUGGACACCCCUCAUCCCAGGCUCCAGCCUAGGCCUGAGCCUUAAUCUUGUACCCCAGACUAAGCACUCCUCCAGGCAGGAGCUGGCUUGACAGACCUCCAGACUCUGGCGCAGAGUGGGUGAUUGGGGAUGGAGGAGGAAAGGUCAGGGAGCUCCAGAAGGGAAAACUCCAGAGAGGACACAGUGGAGAGAAAUUGUGGUGGAUACCACAGAAAGGUGCCCAGUAUGGGGGGACUGGCCUUUAAGCCAGGCUCAAGGAAUCUGGCCAGUGGCCUCUGCGGUCCCCCUUCUUUACCCCUUGCUCACUCCCCAGCCUCAGGAAAGGAGAUGUGGGAUUUGGGAACUGCUAACCGGGAGGCAGAGGUCCCAGCAGCCUAGUCCUGGAGGAAGGGUGUGAGGAGGGGCAGCUUUCACACGGGGUUCAAGUGUUUGGACAUAAGAGGGUAUGUAUUCGUGGUUCUGUGUCCAGGUAUAGGUGAGUGAUACAGGAUGGGUGUGUGCAGGCGAGUGUGGCAGCUGAAGCAUGUGCAGUUCCUGUGUGCAGAGGCAAGAGACUGAAAGAGAAAGAGCAGCACCUGAAGGAGAUCAGCCUCCGAGCGGGACAACUGCCAGGUCUUGUCACUUCUUUUGGGGAGUGGUCCAGAGUAAAGAGGAGGUGGGGGACAGGCUCACCUCACCUGUUCUCUACUUCCUCAUCUUCCCAGCCCUAUCCUGAACCUCUGGAGAGCUCUUGGGGACAGGCUGCUCUUGCACAGCCCUUGGGCUGUCAGAGGUCCAGGGUUCUAGCCUUCAGUAGAGUAAAUGACCUGAAUUCCAGCACUGGCACGAGGGUCCUUGUUCUCCCACUUCCUGCUUGUCCUUAUCAAGCAGGUGGGGAAGGUGUGAGGGAAGGUAUGUUCACAUUGAAGCAGCUUUCCCCAGCUACCAGCACCGCACACGUAGAAAGGGGAGUCACAAGGAUCUAUCCUGCCUCGCCUACUUGUGAGUGCCUCUGGAGCCCUGGAGUUGAGAGACCUGGGUUCUCAUGCUGGUUCCUGGGUGGACCCCUUCUCUGGACAUUGGGAGAUGCUUGCAGUUCCAGCUCAGCUCCCACCCAGUUGACCGCUUCUGUCCCUCAACAGCCUGCCUCCCUGGUCCCUCUCCCUCUUCCUUUGCGAUCUGCAAAGACUAAGACCAGGGCCUGCCAGAGAAUUAAAGGUGGGAGGGGCAAGCCUAGAUUCAGUGUGACCGUCUCAUCCUGCUCCACUCUUCCCCGACUUGGCACUACGAGCCCCAGGAAAGGCUGGCUUGCCCCCUGCUGCCUGCCACCCCCAUUAUUUUCCUAGUCUGGAACCCCCUUCCCCUCUUAGCCUUUUAUCCCUCCUGCCCUCUUCUCAGCAGCUCUCACUCUCCACCCUCUACUUCUCCUGCCCACCUUGCCCUCAGGCCAAUCCCCGUAUCUUUUUUUUUUUGAGAUGGCGUCUCCCUCUGUCAUCCAGGCUGGAGUGCAGUGGUGUGAUCUCAGCUCAUUGUAAUCACCUCCCAGGUUUAAGCGAUUCUCCUGCCUUGGCCUGCUGAGUAGCUGGAACUACAGACAUGCUCCACCAUGCCUGGCUAAUUUUUCUAUUUUUAGUAGAGACAGGGUUUCUGCCCUUGGCCAGGCUGGUCUUGAACUCCUGACCUCAAGUGAUCCAAACUGCUGGGAUUACAGAUUGAGCCACCAUUCCCGGCUGAAUUCCUGUAUCUUAAUUUCCUUGGACAGUUUGAGACCAACAGCGAACCCAGGAAGUUGGUAGUGUUAGUGGGGCAGAGUUAUCAUCUCCUUACUCCCUCACGGAAUUUAACCGAAGUCCUCCCCUAUCUAGAAGGACAGGAAGUAGAUUUUUCCCCCCAAGGAGAAAGGAGAAUGAACUGAGAGGCAAUAGGGCCUCGCCUCCCAUCCUUUGGGACAAUGAAGAUUUGUAUAGAAACCUGAGUGCAAAAACAGAAGCGGGCCUCCAGCUUUACAA